AUGGCUCAUAUCGAGAAGCCCAAAGAGGUAACGAGUGACGUAAAUACUGAAAAAGAAGAUACAGAGGCGCUUAAAGCAUUUAAGGCUUUGGCAAAAAUACCUACAUAUCUCUCUGCAAGUUUCUUGCCUGUUUCGAGCUCCUCUUUGCUUUUAAUUCACCUCACUCUUAGUCAACGUGACUUGAUCCGCAAACUUAAACGAUUAAUUGCAAAACAAUUGAUCGUAUCUCUGCAGAAAGAUGAUAGUGGUAAAUCUACAGGUGUAUUCUCCUCAUUUUUACCAAUUGAUUUGGGAGAUGUUGCUCUACAAGCUAUUUCCCCGUCCGGAGAUCAACUUGUGGUCUUAAGAGCUGUAUCAAAUGACAAAGGAAAAAAGAGAUUUGUUGAAACUUGGAAACUAGGAUCAUUAAUAAAUGUUUUAGAUGUUACCGAUGUUCAUGGAGAGUUCUAUACUGAUGACGAAUUUGGUGGUCUCUAUUGGUCAAAUGAUGGGCAAAAAGCUGUUUAUGUUGCAGAGCAAAAGGAAUUAGAAGAUUCUGAUGAUCGA